UAAGUUUAUUUCACUGGGUUGGAGUUUCAGUUAACAGUUGUAGUGUAGACGUGGGGUGAAGCAGGCUCUGUCAGCUGCUGGAGAACAGGUGGGCCACGAGAACAUCACUUACGGCUCUCGGAGGAACAAGGCCGUAGUUGUCGUUCUCCGUGACGAAUGGUUGGUCCACCUUCAUGGUGAAAGGAGCAUCGUUGACUUGUUUAUGGACGCUUCACCUUUAUUCAUGCUUCAGCGCGAAUCACCAUGUCCGGUGAUCUGAUCCAAAAACAGCUGACCCGCUUUGGCAAGUUCGCCAGCGGGCUCGGGGUGGUUGGUCUCGGCUGUGAUGACGGCAGGGUGCAGCACGUUCAGUCUGUACGGAGACAGGUGUGCGUUACCUGAGUGACCCUGCUGUAUCAUGUAAGGUUAAAUAUGAGAACGUGGUUUACACAGCUGGUAGUCUCGGUGCUGUGAGUGCGGCAACGUUGGCCAUGAACGCUCAUCAGGGCUGCACAAUUAGAGGCUGCGGAGAGAAGCUGUGGCACGCAGCAGACAGGUAACACUGUCAGCAACGACCUACCUGUGGGGUCAGCCGGUUACCUAUGUGAUGCUGCUGCAGGUAGGAGACCCCGCCCACCUCAGAGCCAUGCUGAGACCUCUGAGGCUCCUCCUCUCAGGCCUGCAAACGCAGCCGAGCCGCUGCUGCUCCAGCUUUGUGUCCAGGAUGAGGUAUGUGAACAGGCUGAAGGAGGAUGACGAGGCGUGCACAGCAGCACUGAAGGAUGGCUCCAUCUUCCUCUUCCACCGCUUGUCUCCUCUGCUGCGAUGCACUGACGUCGGAACCUUCAGCCCAGCAACUCUCACCUGCUCAGAUGUGCAGUCGGUCCUACAGAGGCUCGGUUCAGAUGGUUCGUCACUGAAGGAGGCAGUUCUGAUUGGCUGUUCUGAGCAGAACCAGGCUCAGUUCUGUCUGGAUGUCGGCGAACUGGACCAGGCAGCGGUGGAGGAAGCCUCUCAGGGGACCUUCAUCGAUCUGAGGAAGGCCUUCUUUCUGCUGCCCGCAGCUGAGGCACCUCUAGUGUCCAAGGGUCAGGCGCUGCUGCGUUGGCAUCAGAGCACCAGGUUCUGUGGCGCUUCGGGCCAGCCGACUCAACGAAACCGAGCAGGCAGCCAGAGGUUCUGCAGAAGCAGCUCCACCGUCUACUACCCGAAGAUGUCUGCGGUGGCGGUCGCCCUGGUGUCUGAUGGGAAACGGUGUCUGCUGGGCCGCCAGCCAUCCUUCCCACGCGGACUCUACAGCGCUCUGGCCGGCUUCUGUGACAUGGGUGAGACCCUGGAGGAGGCGCUCUGCAGGGAGGUGGCGGAGGAGGUGGGUCUGGAGAUCCAGAGCAUCUCCUACAGCUCCUCGCAGCACUGGCCGUUCCCGCACAGCUCCUUCAUGCUGGGUUGCCACGCCUUGGUUAGCCCCGCCCACACUCAGCUGUGCGUGGACUGCUCAGAGCUGGAAGACGCUCGCUGGUUCACCGUGGACGAAAUCACACGUGCCCUCCAGGUGAAGCCCAGGAGAGGCGACCCCCCCAUCCUCUGGCUUCCGCCGAAACACGCCCUCGCCAACCGCCUCAUCAGGGAGUGGGUGGAGCAGCAGUGGCAGAGCAAGGGCGGAGCAUGAUGGAGGCGGAGCUGCAGUCGGAGUCAUCAGAUCACACCUGAAACACGGAUGUUUCACCUCUGCUCCUGAGAUCUCACAGUUCAGAAGUCCAUUCAGAUUCUGUCUGAUUUCAGCUUCCUUUGACCCUAUUGAAAGAAGCUUUUAAUGUGAAAAACAUUCAGAACUACUUCCUGUCAGUCACGAUAGGAAGCAGCUCGUGGACUCUGACCUGCUGAUGUUUCCUCCAAACUGGUUUUAAUUUUCAGUAAAAAUCCCAGAAUGGAAAAAA